AUGCAGCCGGAAUUUUUAUUUGGUAAUCUUCGUCAACUUGAUUUGAUUACAUCUAAGAAAGAAAUUAUUGAUUCAUAUGUCCAUGGUCUUGAAAAAAUGCGAAAUCGAUACGGGGAUGUCGUUCAAUUUUGGAUUGGUGCUAAUCAUUUUUAUGCUUUCUGUCGUCCGGAACAUGCUGAACAAAUUUAUAGCGCUCGUCAUAUAUUUGAUCGUGCUGCACUACGAAAAAAUACAUUUGGAUUAAUUGCUGAAAAUGCUCUGAUAGCACUUAUGGGGCCUAAAUACAAACGACAUGCCAAAGCUGUUUUACCAAUGUUGAGAAAAAAUAAAUUUCUAUCACAAAUUUCGAUCAUGACCAAUUAUGUUGAUCAACUAAUUGAGAUUUGGAAAGAACGAUAUGAAAAUAAGGAUGAAAUCAUAGCUACGUGUAUCAUCGAUGAUAAUCAACAAUUAUUAUUAGAUGUAUUUACACGAUUAACAUUUGAUUAUGAUUUUGGUAAUUUAAAGCGUCUCCUUGAAUCUGCAAGACAGUCGAAUUCAGCAGAAAUAGUGGGAACAUCGAAUUUUACUGCUGCAUUAAUAACGUGGCUAGAUGCUUUUAAACGUGUUGGAACGAAUGGAAUGCCAUUUUUGGUCAACUACUAUCUAUUGAAAUUUGACAAGAAAUAUCAGAAUGCUUUGAAAGUACUCGAAAUCUCAUCAUUACAACAAGAUGAAUCGGUUGAGAAAUUCAAAUCUGAAGAAGAUCAAACAGGAAUAACAAAAAAGGAAUUGUUAGAUGAAGUCCUAUCACUGAUCUUAGGUGGUUUUGAAACUACUGCUAGCGUUAUAUCUUGGAUGAUUUACUAUCUCAGUAAACAACCUGCAAUUCAACAAAAAAUGAAAAAUGAAUUAAAACGGAAUGGAAUUACCAAAGAAACAUCGUUAGAGGAUCUCGAUCUCUCCAAUCAAUGUGAAUAUAUUGAUUGUGUUAUUAAAGAAACAUUAAGAAUAGCCCCAUUGACGAUUGGAUCACCUCGAACAAUAACGCAAGAUACGGUGAUUGAUGGAAUUCAACUUCGACAGGGAGAAAACGUUCUUGUGGCAUUUAGUUUAAUAUUCUAUGGUGACGAUGCUCCGGAUAGAAAUCAUCAUCCAUAUGUAUUUUCUCCAUUCGGUAAUGGACAUCGAGUUUGUGUUGGACAAGAUUUAGCUCGAUUAGAAUUAAAAGUCAUCGUCAUUCGUUUAAUGUUAUUCGUGACAUUUGCUGAUGCACCGGGAAAUAAUGGAGGUCGUCGUCAACGAUUGUCAAUUAUGCCAAAAGAACUUGCAGUUUAUAUGAAAUUUGAUUGA